AUGUUGCGCCUCCUUCAGCAGCGACGCGGCGCCACGGCGCUGCUUCCAUCGAUGCGAGCCAACGUGCUUGGGCAGCGCCAGCUGUGGCACCAUGCGAACCGCUCGUCGCAGGGUCGCUUGCCUCGCGCACUGCAGCCGUUGCCGACGACAGUCCGCACGCUGUACACGAGCCGGGACGAGUGGCGCAAUGCGACGUGGAAAGACAAGGCAAAGGCCGGCGCGGUCGUGGCCGCCGGCGUUGGCGUCUUUGUGGUCGUGUCGUCUGUUGCGCUCAGCGUCGUCGUGACGGGCGUCGUCGGCCUCGGUGCCUACGGUCUCUACCGCUCCUUCCGAGACAGUCGGGGCGGCAACAGUGCGUGGUCUUCGUCCUCGAAGAACAAUGCUCUCUUUAACAACCUGGGUCGCACCAAGGUCCGGGGUGGCAACCCGCUGACCGCCGGGAUGCCGCUCGUGCUGCAAGGGCUCAUGACGGGCCUCUUCAGCCUCGUGGGCGGCGCCAUGAAACAGUCGAUGGGACGCAUCGCCACCAUUCAAAAGGCUGCAAACCAGCGGCUCCAAGGACACCCUGCGAUCACUCGCCAGUUUGGCCCAAGCGUCGAGGUUGCUUCGCCGCAGCAGGUCGUCGAGCAGACGGUCAACGGUGUCGGCGUCAUCCAAGCCUCAUUCCCCGUCGGCGGGCAAAUGUCACGUGCUUAUGUUCGUGUGAAAGCAACGGUUGAUGCCAACAACGACUUGUCGUACCAGCAGUUCCAAUAUGUCAACAGCGCGACAGGCGACUCGAUCGACUUGUUGCACCCAUCGCCAUCGUCGUCGCGGACCAAGGUCAUCAAAGAUGCCGAGUUUCGAGAUGUGUGA